AUGUUGACCCCUUUCCUUCUCCUCCUUCUCCUCACCCCCCUCGCCGCCCCAUCCCCAACCCCCCAAAACACCACCGCCUCAACCACAGCCUUCAAAUGCGGCACAGCAAUAACCAACACCGGUUUCGCGGAGCAGCUGCUAGCGACCGGCGCAUGCCAGAACGUGCAGAACGAGUACGAGCCGUAUAAGACGCUGUAUAAUUACUACUGUGGGGUGUGUGUUGCGCAUCUGUGGAGGGAUUGCACUGGUGGGAUUACGUAUUGGGGCGGUCCUAUUGGGGUUAGGGAUCAGGGGGUGGGGAUUCCGUGGUCGUUUAGUUAUGCUUGUUUUUAA